GCCUGCUUUAAGGCUGGUCGGUUCUUCAGCAAAACAAGAGGAGGAGACAGGCUCCGGCUCAGAUCUCUGGAGGCUGGACCCCUGCAGUCGGCUGUAGGGCUUCAUACCACCUGAACAAAGAAAGGAGUGGAAAUUGCAUCACACCAGUGCAGGUCCACCUCCAGUGACUGCUCUGGUGGUACUGAAGUUGCUGCUGCCCACCACCCUCAGCAGAUCUGCAUACAGCCAGGAAUCCUCCAGCUCCCCUGCCAUCGCCUUCUUGUAUUUCCGCUCUGUGUGUGUAUUAUUGAGUGAUAUUAUUUUCAGUAGGUGAUUAGGUGACUACUGAAUUGGUUGUCAACCCACGUCUUGGUUUACAGCUUCUAGUUUAAAUUUCCAAAAAAAUUAGCACUUAAGAAUACAGUCCUGUGCUUAUUCUCUAGCUGUGCUUAUACCUAUGAUUUAUUGAGGGAUAUAUAACUUGUGUUUUUCUAGUUUGUAUCAUGACUGGUACAGAGUUUGAAAAGGAGACUGGGGAAGAGGUUGUUGGUGUAGCUGAGAUAGAAAAUGAUGUCCCUCCAGUGGUCAGACCUAAGGUUAGGACCCAAACCCAAAUAAUGACUGGAGCAAGGCCUAAAACCAAGACCAAGGUUAUUCCUGGAAUAUGGUCUAAUACUGACGCAAGAACAGUGGGUAGGGUAUAUACUAAGAGUAAAGUCAAAAUGAUACCUGGAUCAAGGUCCAAAGAUGAUGCCCAGGUCUGGGCCCUGAGUGAGUUUGGGACUGAGUCCAUGUCAAAGACAGAUCAAGAUUCCCAAACCAAUGCCAUAAUCUCUCCAGUGGUCAGUACUGAAUCUGAGUUGGUUGCUAAAACUAAGUGCCUUUUCAUAGAUAGAGAAUUGGUUAAUAAAGACAAUGAGAGCUUUCCUGGAAAGAAGGUUCACUCUCAAGUGGGAUUCCAACCUUCAUUUGGGUCAGGAGAGGUGACCGAUAGUGAGACCUGGAGUUUUCACAGGCCUGUAUCAUCCAAGCAAGAGCCCUCUCAGAAUUCUGUGAAUUCCUGGUUCUGGAGUCAAGAAGAGGUCAAUGUAAGAUUUCAUCCUAGGAACAGGGUACAGGCUAGUACCAGAUACAGGCACAUGCCCAAACAAGAGGCAACUAACUAUUCCAGGCACAAAAAUAAACAGGAUCUUUAUGUUGUAUCAAGUAGUUCUGAUUCCGAGGAUGAGUCUGUUAAAGCAUCCUGGUUCUAUGCUAAGCAAAAGACCAGUUCCUUGUCCAGAUCCAGGGAAGAGGUCAAUAGCAGGUCUUGGUCUAAGAAAGAAGUCAGUGUUGAAUUCAGUUCUGGUUCUGAGUGUGAAAAUGCUAUGAAAUCCUGGUUGUGGGAUAGAGAAAAGACCAAAUGCAGAACUUUACCUAGAGCCAGAAAAGAGACCAAUGAGAGGGCCCAACACAGUCACAAGCGAGAUGCUUGCAUUGAUGUCAUGUGUGAAUCUACAGAUGUAAUAAAAAAAGAGUCUUGGUUCUGGCCUGAAGAAAAGGGUAAAACACUUUUAAGGUGUAACACCAAAAAAGAGCCCAAGGUACAAGCAAUGGAAAAGGAAGAAGCCAGAACCAGGAUCAAACCAGAAGAAAGAUCACAGGGGGAAGGCCUCACUGGGACCGGCUUCUGGGCUACAGAAAAGUCCACCCUGAUGGACAUGGGCAGCAUAAAGUCCAGUCCACAAUUAGAGGAAGAGUCCAUUGUUGGUAGUUGGUUCUGGACUGAAGAAGAGGUCAGUAUGGAGACUGGGCCCAGCAGCAAAUCCAGACCAGCAGUUAAGGAGGAGCUUGUUGACAGUUCCUGUCUAGGGGCUGGGGAGAGAACCAGUAUGGAAAUUGGGGCUGAGGCCACCUCUCAGUCUGUGCUAGCAGCUAGUGAUGAAGAGGUCAUUGUUGGUUCCUGGUUCUGGGCUGGUGAAGAAGUCAACCCCGAGUCCAAAGAAGAGACGAUGUUUGGGUCUUGGUUCUGGAGCACUGAUGAGGCCAGUGUAGAAUCUGGUGUUGGGGUCAGCUGUGAAUCAAGGCCAAAGUCUGAGGAAGAAGUCAUAGGUCCCUGGUUAUGGACUGGAGAAGUCAGUAUAGAGGCUGGGGUUGGAGAAGAGUUUAGCCAAGGAUCUGAAGAAGAGACAAUAUUUUUGUCCUGGUUUUGGUCUGAAAACCAGACUCGUAUGGAUUCUGUGAUGGAAGCCAGCUGUGAUGUGCCAGGAGCUGAGGAGGAGGAGGAUCCUGUGUUUGGGUCCUGGUUCUGGACCAGAGUAGAUGCAUGUGAGGAGGCUGCAGUCAAUAGCAAGUCUAGCCUGGAGCAUGAAGAGGCCAUUAUGCCAUCUUUGAUUGUGGCUAGAGAAGAGGCCAAUACGAAGUUUGGAGUUGGUGCCAGCUGUAAGUUUAAGGCUGAAGCUGAAGAUACUAAUAAUAAGUCUUGCUUCUGGGUAAAAGAAGAACCCUGUUUAUAUCGUGCCAAUAGAGGAAACUGGAAGCUUAGAUCAGAGGAGGAAGAGGACACUGCUGAUUCAAGGUUCUGGUCCAGAAAAUACACACGACCAGAAGCCUUUGUGGGAUCCUGGUUACAGGCUGUAGAAGAUGGCAGUACAGAUUGUGAGACUAGACAGAAGGCCAUGUUACCAACUGAAGAGAAGAUUAUGACCAAGUCCCAGUUUGGGAAAGAAGAUAAAGAUACCACUGUGGAGGCUACUGACAGAAAGGAGUCCAGACCAGAAACUGAAGAGGAAGACAUUGUUGGUUCUUGGUUCUGGCCUGAGGAAGAGGGUAGGCUUGAGGCAGAAACUGAGGAUAGAGAAGAGAGCAGCUUAGGAGUUGAAGAGGAAUCUGUUUUGGGGGCUUGGGGCAAGCAGGAGGCUAUUAGAGAGUCUGGAUUUUGCAACAAGUACAGUUCCAAAGCUGAUGUGGAGGAAGUCAUUGUUGGGUCCUGGUUCUGGGAACAAGAAACAAGCCUGGAGACAGUUACAGCAGAUAUCUUUGAGUCCAAGACUGGGACUGAAGAGGAGGAAAUCACUGUUGGGUCCUGGUUCUGGCCUAAAGAAGCUGAUAGAGAAGCUGAGUCACAGGCAGUAGAUGAAGCCAGGUCAAAAAGUGAAAAAACAAUUUUGGGGUCUUGCUAUAGUGCUAGAAAAGAAGUCAGUAUAGAAGCAGGGAUGUGCUGUGUACCAAAACCAGCAUAUGAUGAGGAAAUGAUUGUUGAGUCCUGGUUCUGGUCUAGCGACAAAACCAUUAAGGAAAUUGGAACUGUAGCUACCUGUGAGUCCAGGUCACAAGAUGAUGGUGAUGGAACCAGCUGUGAGUCUAAGACAUUACCUGAGGAGGAGGAGGACAUAGUGGGGUCCUGGUUCUGGCUGGGAGAUGAGGCCCAUUUUGAGUCAAAUCCUAACCCUGUGUUCAGGGCCACUUGUGAGUCUUGGGGUUCAGUUGAGGAGGAACCUGAACCUUCACAUCGACCUCAGAGCUGGGAGGAGGUCACUGUUCAGUUCAAACCCGGUCCAUGGAGUAGAGUUGGCUUCCCCUCUCUAAACCCUUUUAGAUUUCCAAGAGAAGCAGCACCUCUACUCUCUCAAAUGUUUGGGGAAAACAGGAAUGUGGAGCUUAAUGCAGAAGGUGCACAGCAAGCAUCUUCACAUCAUAUUGAACCUGAGUUCUCUUUUCAGUAUGAUCCAUCCUACCGGUCAGUCCAAGAAACUCGAGAGCAUCUUAGGGCCAAAAAGAGUGCAGAGCCUGAGAGCUGGUUCUGCAGCUGCAUACAGUGUGAACUUAGAAUUGAUUCUGAAGAGUUUGAGGAACUCCUUUUAUUAAUGGACAAAAUUCAGGAUCCUUUUAUUCAUGAAAUUUGUAAAAUUGCAAUGGGUAUGAGAAGUGCUUCUCGAUUUACCCGAGAUUUUAUUCGGGAGUCAGGUGUUGUCUCACUUAUUGAAACUUUGCUGGAUUAUCCAUCUUCCAGAGUUAAGACAAGGUUUUUGAAAGAUAUGAUUCUUACAGCUCCAUCUUACCCAAAUCUAAACAUGAUUCAGACAUUUGUCUGUCAAGUGUGUGAGGAAACCCUUGCUUACCGUAAGGAUUCCCCUGAGCAGUUGUCUGGAUUAAGGAUAAUUAGACAUCUCACUACUACUACUGACUAUCACACACUGGUUGUCAAUUAUAUGUCUGACUUUCUUGCUUUGCUAGCUACAGGCAAUGUCAGAACAAGAUGUCAUGUUCUGGAAAUGCUACUGAAUUUGUCUGAAAAUAUUGUCAUGACAAAAGAACUACUCAGUAGUGAAGCAAUGUCAGUAUUUAUGGGCUUAUUUUACAAGGAAGAGACAAAUGACAAUAUUGAAAUUGUUCUUGAAAUAUUUGAGAAUAUUGGUAACAAUUUCAGAAAAGAGACAGUGUUCACUGAUGAUGAUUUUAGUCUUGAGUCCCUUAUUCCUACAUUCCACGAAGUUGAGAAACUUGCCAAGCAACUGCAAAGCAAAAUAGACAAUCAGAAUAAUCCUGAAGCAGACCAACAAAAUUAGUAUGAUUAAUCACUUGCAUCUGAUUGUCACUAUAUUCGUGAUAUGUUCGUGAGUUAUGAUUGUUGAAUAAUGCUUUGGUUUUCACAAGUAGCUGUAUGUUGCAGUGUACCUCUUUAAUGCUGAUGCUAUACAAAUCUUUAUGUAAGCUAGAUCAUUUUUCUGAUGCCAGUUGAAUAUCACAACUGAAAGAACACUUGUUGAUAUUUGUGUUGCCCAGAUUAUAAUAUUCAGUAUUUGAGCUUCUAGUAGUAAACUGAGCCAUCAUAAAUGAGCUAUCCUUCUGAUUGUUGUUCUAAUGUGGAUACCCUAUUCUUGUUUGUGUUUCAAUAAAGUUCUGUUAAAUUUAGCA